AUGUUCUUAUCCAAUGUUGUGUAUUUUGUACAUUGUGUGAAUGCAAAUUUUUGGUGGGUUUUUGUGGUUUCCUUUCUCGCCCGUGUGUCAUAUUAUUUUUUGUCUUCCCUUUUUCCCGAGGAUGAAGGUCAGAUUUGGAGAUUGUUGGUGGAGGAAUACAAUGCAGAAAUUGUAAUUUACAUCGAGUCAACAUUAUUGAUUGAAUUAUAUGGUGGUGAGGAUUUGGUAAAGGCUAUAUCUUUUAUUCUUCUUUUUUUUAUGAAGAAAAUGAGAAGAAAAAAAAAUGCUAAGAUUUGCUCCUUUUUUCCCAUCAUUAUAUCACAUCAAAUCCUUAAAGUUAUGAAGUUAUAUUUAGCUUUCCGUACUACCAUUUUUCGAUAG